GCCACCAACAUUUCUUCUCUCUUGAUCAAGUACAUCGGCAACCGCCACAUCAUUAUUUCCACUUUCCACAGUUUCACAUUCCCACAACUAAUACUUUGAGAAGAAGCAAAUCAAACCGCCAUCAUGUCCGCCGGCAAGCCUGCCAAGUGGUCUGAGAAUGAGAAGGUCUCAUUUCUCGUCCAGGCCAUCCAAGCCCUAAGCGGUAGCAGCGGCUUCCCGUAUGACUCUGUCAGCCUACCGGGUCGUACCAAGCGAAGCAUGAUGCAUGCCUGGACUGCCGCCCGUACUCAGCACGCCGCAUUCAUGGCUAUGGGCGACGACGAUUCGUCGCCUGUUACCCCGACUCCCGCCAGCCGUGGCAAGAAAUCCAAGAAGAGAAAGACCGAGGACUUCGGCAGUGACGAUGACGAAGACAUCAAGCCUCGCGUCAAGAAGGCUCUCACUUCCUCAGCCUCACGCAAGAAAUCAGCUAAAGCUCUCGAUGGCGAGAAUGGCAAGAUUAAGGGAGAGCCUCAGUCAUCGGCGGAUGAGUCUAACGACAAGCUUGCCAACGACGAAGCAUAAGUUCGCUCACUUUGAAAACCACUAAACCCUGGUUUUCUACGGAUGAGGAUGAGUUUCAUCCUAUGACUCGCGAAUUCGGACGUUAUGGGAGGAUAGGUUGCAUACAUCAUGCUAUCGCUCUCAUCUGCGCACACUUACUGGUGCCGAUUACUGCAAUCAUUUGCACAUGCACCACCGCUCAGGAUCAAAAUGAUGGAUGGGUUUCUUCUUGCUGUAUGCAGAUAAGAACCACGGAAUCGCCGUGGAUGCCUCAAUGAACUUGCUUGCCCUAGCAACAACACAAAUAAAGUUUCGUUUUGCUUUCCUCUG